AUGAAAGUGGAAGACCAUCUGGCGGAGGAGAAGUUUGCACUCAGCGAGCGCAGCCAGAACAUGAUGGUCAGAGAUCGUGCUGUCCGACCUGUCUUGUUCCUGCCGCGCCGUCAGGUCGCCGCCGAGGAUGCAGCAGUCUUAAACCAGUUGCUCGCAGCCUACAAGCGAAUCGGCCUGAAGUUACCGACCUUGGACUUAUCCAACGCCUUGAAAGCCCAUCUCGACUGCCAGCAAGCCCUGGCUCUCGCAGGUGAAGAGCAGAUCGCUUCUCGGCUCAUCAAGGCCCGGGAAGAGCGUGAGCGACGGCACAACGAGAUAGAGAGGGAAGACGAAGAAAAAUCAAUCAUUGAACGCCACAAUGUGCUCGAUGCCAUCAGGGAAGUUGUGACUGGGUUUACGACAAUUCGAAGAUUGAAUCUUGGUUUCAGCAAGGUCCCGAUCACAGUGUUCUGUGGCUCAAGGGAAAGCCAGGGUCCGGAUCUCCUCACCAUUUCUCGACGGCUCCGCACAAGGUCUAGCAUCGACCUGAGCCAGGAGCGCGUCGCCAUCGAGUCGGCUAUUUCAUCCUUUGUUCACGCCACGAUUGCACAGAGCCCCCUCCUCUGUGAUACAGAAAGCAUUGACAAGAAGGUCAUAGACAGGAUUGAGCAGACCUUGUUAAGCAUGGCCGAUGGCAUGUUCCUCUGGGUCCGUCUGGUCGUCUCAACAAUCGAAAAUGCAUACACAGUGGAACAAAUGCUUCAGGCCCUCGACAGAAUCCCCCGGGGGCUGGAAGAUUUGGUAGUCGCAGAAAACUUGAGCUAUCGUCUGCUAACUCUAAAACUAGCUAUAACAAGCUCUUCGAGCGGUUCAAAACGUUGA